AUGUACGACUUUUAUUCUCAAAAUCUCAGAUUUAUUUUUUUUUUUUCCAAUGUGGCCUUUCUAAUUCCAGGGUUUCAUUUUGUUGAAAAAGAUUUACUUGUGUUCACCUUGCUGCAAGUUUUGAGGCCGGAUUGACUGUCGAAGCUAUGGUGCUUCACUGACCCAAACACACCUGCGUCUGUGGUGCGUUCAAGAGCUGCUGAAAAAAGUGACAUCUCAACGCUUGGUAAAAAAAAAAACAAACAUGUAAAAAUGGUGGGCUUUCUAGCAGUGGUACAUUAUCACAUAAUUACAAAUGAUUACCGACUUAUGGUGAACGAGACGUGUUUUCGGUGGGGGAAAAAAAGGCGUAUUUCUGGACAAAUUUUUUUUUAAAUAAGUUUUUGAAAAAAAAGCUUUUGAAUUUAAUGCUGAACUGCGACUGUUUUUUUUUUUUUGCAAGAAAUCUUACUCAUUUUACUGACCGGUGACCGAAAGCUUUCCUAAUAAAAAUAAUAAGGACUCUCUCCUAGUGCAUUCCUAUAUUGCAUGUACUUAUACAGUAAUGUUAUGCUUACAGACCUUUUUUGUUUUUUUAAAGUGUACUUUCUCUAAGCAAAAUUCAAACUGUUAUUAUUCAUUUUUUAUGAGUAAAUAAUGAUUGUAGUCAGAACACAGUCACUAACAUUUUAGACCGGCAAGAAAGUAUAUUUAUAUUACAUAUAACAAAAAAAUUACACUUCAUUGUGAACAAUUUAACAGCAUAUGAAUAAAAUUGUCAAGAUCGUUGAAUUUGUGUGUGUGUGUGUUUUUUUUAAUAUGAUAAUCAGAAUAAAACACAGGAAAAAUAUUUUAGGCAAACAAACGUUAUUUCUAUAUUAAAUACAACAAAAACAUGACACUUAUUUAUGAACAAUCCGACAGUAUAUAAGACAAUAUCAACAAGAUGAACCCCCAUUUUGUUUAAUUGUUUGAGCAAUAGUGAAAAACAAACAAGUGAGUUUGGAAACUAUGUCAACAACGUAACAAUACUGUAUGAACAAAAACAUAGACAACUGGGAAAAUAUCGAUCUAAUCACCCCUGUAUCGAUCUAAUACAGCCAAAACCUUAUAUAUCGAUAGCAUCAAUAUCUGACACGAUCCGCCCACCCCUCGCACAGUACAUUGCGGUCAUGUGUCCAUCAUGUUGCCCACACACACCCACAGUCAAGGGGCUCCUUUCUCCGUCACAAACAGAGUUUUGAGGAUGAGACCCAUCAGAGUCCGAGCCUUCUUGCUGCUUGUAUGUCUAAGUCUGCUGGUCCUCCACGUCUUUAAAAAUGUUAUGGACCAAAAGACCAUUCACCUCCAAGAUAAUAUGAGAGAGGAUCAUGAUCAGAUACCACCACCCACUGCCAAACACCACGCCUUCAUCUGGCCAAGUUGUCAACGAAACACAUCUGUUGCCAACAUCUCAGGCUUCAGCUCUCUUCCCGUUAGCAUAAAAGACUUUCUGUACUAUCAGCAUUGUCGUCACUUCCCUAUGCUACUGGACCUUCCUCAAAAAUGUGGUGGAGUUGAUCGAUCAGAAGACAUUUUCCUACUCCUGGUCAUAAAAAGCUCCCCUGUGAACUACGAGCGCCGAGAGGUGCUGCGUAAGACCUGGGCUAAGGAGAGAUUACACAACGGCGUGUGGAUCAGAAGGGUUUUUGUCUCUGGGACAAUGAGUGAAGGCUUUGAAAAGACCAGGCUGAACAAGCUCCUGGAAGCAGAGCAACAGGAGCACAAAGACAUCCUCCAGUGGGACUUCACUGACUCGUUCUACAACCUCACUUUGAAGCAAGCUCUCUUCCUGGAGUGGAUGGAACGAAACUGUCCAAAGGCUCGUUUCAUUCUAAAUGGUGACGAUGACGUUUUUGCCCACACAGGCAACAUGGUGGAGUAUCUCCAGAGCCUUAAAGGCAACAGUGGAAGCAAACACCUCUUCACUGGCCAUCUGAUCCAGAAUGUGGGGCCUAUUAGAUCACCUGGGAGCAAGUACUACAUCCCCGUUCAGGUGCAGGAGUCAGACUCAUACCCUCCCUACUGUGGGGGUGGGGGUUUCCUGCUUUCAGGCUACACAGCUUUGGUCAUAUCCAAGAUGUCUCGCUCCAUUCCCCUUCUUCCCAUUGAUGAUGUUUACAUGGGGAUGUGUCUGGCCAAAGCAGGACUUGCACCAAGCUCCCAUAUGGGGGUGAAGACAGCAGGACUGCACAUCCCCUCCAGCAACCAAGAUGGAUAUGAUCCGUGCUACUAUAAGGAAGUGCUGCUGGUCCACAGGUUUCUCCCAGCUCAGAUGUAUCUGAUGUGGCACAGAAUACAUGACUCCGCUUUGAAAUGUGGUUCCUAAGUCCACUUCUGGAUAAAACUUUAUGGUCUUGGGAUUCAAUUGGAUAGGAUUCUCAAGAACUGAGCCUUCUCAUCUUCACAUGGAUGGCUUGAACUGAGCCUUGCAUUUAAGCUGGUGAGGCUGAUUGUCAACAACAUGGACUCUUUUUAUGGACAUGGACAUUUUAAUGUUGACAGCUGUCACUAGAGUGAAUCAUGUCAACUUCUUCUCAUGACAAAUUAGUAGACUUGGCCUUGCUGGCUGCUGUCAAGGUGGACAAGCUCCCCCACAGACUAAACACAAGGGCGCAACAUCAUUUGUGCACACCAUUCCUCUGGCAUCUCUCCUUGCCUUCAUCCCUUCUCUGUGUAAUACAUGCAACACCAUAUACACAGCAGAAUGAGGCAUUCUCAUUAGUACAAUAGUAUUAACAAUAUUUCAAACACGAUGGUCCAGCAAAAAAGGCCCCACCGGGAAGGUCUGAAGUCAAAUAGCACUGGUUGUCGUAGCCAGAAUUGUUGCACUAAACUUGGCAGUUCGACAUGCUGCGCAGAAUGUCGGCGUACCUCAUGAGAGUUCAGUUCAGCUUGCAGCAAAAAAAGACUGUUUUGCUUUUUCUUUGCUUUUCAUAGCUUUUUCGCAACACUUGUUAUCAAAGUUAAGGUACAGCUUGUGCAUUUUAACAGUGGGGAAACGUAUGGUUUUAACUUGUGAGCAGUAGGAAUGUUAAAAUGUUACAACGUUCCUUGUUCAGUUAAUAACAGGUUUACGAUAAUCAUAGUUCUAGUAUUUAAUAGCAAUAGUUUAACACUGGAGCAGAUUAUUCCCAUUUCUUUUAUUUCCUAUGGGAAAUCUCAGAUUUCAGAUUGUUUGACCUGAGAGGUCACCUUUUUUGACAAAAGCAAAAAAAAAUUAAAAAUACACCUACAAAAUGACGAGUCAUGCCACACAGCUCAGCCCAUAAACAUGAUGCACAUGCAGCAAUUAAAAUGUUACAUUUUACAAUAAAAGUGCUGCAUUUUGUGAUAUUUAAAAACAUUUAGUGCAGGGGUGUCCACAGUGUGGCUUGGGGUCAAUUUUUUUAUACCCUUGGCACAAAGAUAGCAUUAAUUCAUUAUUAGUGAGAUAUAUUAUUAGAUAUUGCACUCAUUUGCUUUGUCACCAACAACACAAAGCUAAGAUGUUGUUUUGUCCAAACAUCUUAGCAUAUAUUAAACCACCUUGGAUUGGUUUUAGCAUCUUUAAUGCACAAAAUGUAUUAUUAUUAUGAUGCUUUACUGGUUAGAGUCCGUCGUCUCAUCAAAAAAAGUAUAUUUGCCUCCAGUUUGAAUACCUUUCGGCAUAACGAUUGUAAAGGCGUCGUGGUUAAUUGGAAUAGUCUGAGAAACUACCCAACUCUGGUCCGUAAAAAUGAACUGUUAGAAUGCUUAAUUGGAGUUGUUCGGAAUACAAGUGGGUCAAAUGCAGCUGUUCUGUACUAUGAGAAAAUACACAACCAGCGUUAAUAUUAAGAUUGGCCAAGGUGUGGCUGCAGGGUUGUUUUUACAUCAUCUGUACUGCUGACAUUACUUACAGUAGAUAAUAUGAUACUGUGUAUAUGUAUCUAUAGAGUAUGUAUUGUCUUAUUUGUGUACUGGUACUGAUUCUGUUACACUAUCCCCAUCUCUUCAGUGUAACCUAGUGCUAUUUAAGUCAUUGUAUUGUUUUUUUUUUUAAAUAUUGUUGUCAGUAUUGUCUCAGGGUUUGUAAAGUUUUCUAAUAAUUUAUUGUGAUUGUAGCCUACCUAGAGGGCUCAUAUCAUAGUUUACUGUGACUGGCGAUGAACUUUCAGAAGACUCAGUUAUUGUUUUUUCUCAACAAGCUGUUGGAUUGUUGCAAAUUACUUCAUAAGCAGAUCCCAGGCUGUUCAGUUUGAGGGUUCUUCCUCUGGUGUUUUGCAAGUUUAAAAAAAAAAAAAAAAAAAAGGUAUCCCUCAGGCUCUGUGUUGAGCCUACUAUUGUUCACUGUUCGUAUAAAUAACCUUGGACAGAAUAUUCAAAACUCAGCUUUCCGUUUGUACACUGAUGACGCUGUCCUAUACAGUACAGCACCCAGUUUGCUAAAGAACAGCGUUGUGAUCUGCAACUUGUUGUAAAUGUAGGCAAACCAAAAUGUGUGUUCUACCACCUGAAAAGUAGCAAGAACCGCGCAUUUAGGGAGAAGCGGGAGCGGGAUGUGGUCAACAAAACAAGCUGGUCUCUACUUUGACAUUUUUGGCAUUUGUAAUUGAUAGCGGUGUAACGGUUCGGUUCUGCAUGUUCGGCUCGGUCCACUUGUGUAUGGUUUCAGUUAUAUUUUAUGCUGUGACCGGGCCAAAGCAGUAACACAUGGCAUUAUAGCCACGAGAUUACACACAUAUUCAGUUGUUGAGAGCGCUGGCUUAAAGUACAGUCAUGGAAAAAAUGAUUAGACCACCCUUGUUUCUUCAGUUUCCUGUUCAUUUUAAUGCCUGAUACAACUAACGGUACCUUUGUUUGGACAAAUAUAACAAUGGCAGCAAAAAUAGCUCAUAAGAGUUACAUUUUUAUGGCAGUACAAUGCUAUAGCUAUUCAAAAGAACUUAAGCGAUUUUGGUUAUCAAGAAAACCAUAAAAGUUGCUCAGCUCUUAAAUUCAACUCUUAUGAGCUAUAUUUGUUAUCAUCGUUAUAUUUGUCCAAACAAAUGUACCUUUAGUUGUACCAGGCAUUAAAAUGGAUCAAUAAACUGAAGAAACAAGGGUGAUGUCAUCAUUUUUUCCAUGACUGUAUGCGAUUAAAGUUCUUGAACCUCGCUACGAAAUACCAUCACGUCCUCACUUUAGCCAGAAAGUUAUACCAGCAUUUGAUGAAAAAGCUAAAAGUGAUGUCGUCAACGAGCUAUUUCACUUCCGACAGGUGGUUGGACUUCACGUGCAACAGAGAGCUAUUUAACUGUAACUGUCCAUUACAUUUCGCCACAAUGUUUAAACAAUUGUUUAAAUACAACAGUUUAUUUUCUUAUUUUUCUAUUUAAAAAAAAUAUUUUUUUUAAAUAUCACCCAAAUGAGUCGCUUUUAUUUCUUUUCUUUUUUUUAAUUCUGUUUGCAUUUUUUUAAAUAAAAGCAUUUUCUUUUGCCUUUUUUGUACCGAAAGUUAACCGAACCGAGCACUUCAAGAAACGGAACCGAACCGAAAUGGCGUUUUAAUGUACCGUGACACCCCUAGUAAUUGAUGACUUCUUGUCUUUUAAGGAACACAUUUGUUAUGUUGCAAAAAAAAAAAGGCAUUCUAUGUCUUUGUUACAGAAACGCGUCCUGCUUCUUGUUUGUGUGAAUCAGGAAGGGGUAAAAACAACCUUUUUGCCUAUUGUUGACUACACUGAUGUGUUGUACAUGAAGGCUUAUCUACCAUGAAUUGUGGUGUACCGCACCGGCGUAUAAGCCUCACCCACAAAAAAAUGAUUUGUACAUAUGUAAGCCGCACCGGUAUAUAAGCCGCACGUGUCCACGUCAUAAAAUGGCAUAUUGUGGCACACAUGAGUCAGUGAGGACCAGGCAGCUCUUUAUUUGGAGCUAUAAAAAACUCACAAGGAGCUUGUCAACCCAUUGGAAAUUGCAGGAGGUCAUUAUUCAAUAUGACUCAUUGUGUCAUCUUACAAACACUAAACACAUCAUACAGCAACUUAACGUCAAAAAGUAUACCUAAUAAACAUACAGACAUGUACCAACAUCAGUUUGAAAUGAUUUUUUUUUUUAAAGCAUUUUAUGCAUUUCGUUUGAGCAAAUCAUUUCAUUGGAGAACAAGUAGCAUAGAAAAUGGUGGAUGGCGAUGCUGUCUUUGUCCACCAGAGGAGCCCAGCGGGAGGUUGACGUCAUUGCAGCGUCCUAAUUAAUGCAUUUAUCAGAAGCAAUACAUUAUGGGAAGAGUUUUUUUUUUUUCAUGUUGAGCUGGUAUUGGUACAUGUUUGUAUAUUUAUCAGGUAUAUCUUUUGAGUGUUUAGUUGCUGUGUGAUGAGUUUAGUGUUAUUUGUAAGAUGACACCGUGAGUCAGACUGUUAUGUUGUUAUACUGUUAUAUAUAAUGACCUCCUGCAAUUUACAGGGGGUUGGCAAGCUUGUUGUGAGUGCACUGAUAGCUCGUGAUUGGCUCCUGCCAAAGAAAGAACUACCCUUUCCUCCCUGACGUGCGAGCGACACAGUUAUUUAAACUAUUGGUAGUAGUUUUGAAGUAAAGGAGAUGUCACAAAAUUAGAAUUUAGCCCUAAAUUAGCCGCUGUAUAAGCUGCAAUGUUCAAAGUUGGAGAAAAAAGUAGCGGCUUAUACAGGGUCAGGCAAAAUGAUCUGACACAUUUGUAGGUUAAAUAAAAGGCAAAUAAAGUAAAGAAACAAAAAAGUGUUUUUAUUUUUGAAAAGUACAUAUAAUGCCAUUUUUUUCCAUAUAAUUCCAUUUUGCUUUGUUUCUUUAUAAUGCCAUUGUUUUUCGUUUCUUUUUCAGUUGCUGCCAUGAAUUGGACCGGUGAGCAUCGCGCUUUCAUUGUGGAAACGUUUAUCAAAACAAACGAAUCUGUAACUGCAACACGAGCGUUCCGUUUGCACUUCAAUCUUGGUAGACACGAUCCCGUACCAGCUCGAAACACGGUCUUGUUAUGGGUUACCAACUUCAGAGCUACUGGAUCGGCAUUGAGUGUGUGGACAAUAAUGGAUCCCAUUUGACUGAUUCAAUUUUUAAAACAUAAUGAAACAGAAUGGCAUUAUAUGUACCUUUUGAAAAUAGAAACACUUUCUUGUUUCUUUACUUUAUUUGCCUUUUAUUUAACCUACAAAUGUGUCAGAUCAUUUCGCCUGACCCUGUACAGCAGAAUUUACUGGUUGUCUUGGAGUCCUGGAUACUGUGUACCAUGGGGCUAUGAGAUUCAUGACCAACUGUGGUCCACCGUUGUAUGUUCUAAAGUGAAGUGGUCAUUGUGUGUCCGGUGCUGAGGUCACUGGUAUGGUUUUAUCUGGACAGAGAUCUUACUUUCUUACUUAUCAUCUCCCUUAACAAGGAAAUCUCAAAGUCACUAUCUGUGAUCUACGGAUAUUCUGCAAUUUGUUGUACCAAAGGUAUGAACUGAACUGGGCAAAACAGCAUUUAGGUUAAUUCUUGGAAUACAUUACAGUGUCAAUAAAGACUUCAAGCCCUUGUUACAGUGAAUGAGUUCAAGAAAGCUUUGCAGUCUACCAUGUCUGUGUGUAAAUGUUUUAUUUCAGCUUGUUAUGAUUGUACCUUCUGCGUAUUGACUGAAAGACUGUUGGGUUUUUGCUUUGUUUUGGGUUUUUUUACUUGUUUUAAGUGUAACUCUUCUGCUGCCUCCUUGGCCAGGUCUCCCUUGCAAAAGCCAUCUAUAGUCUAAAUGGGAAAAACCUGGAUAAAUGAAGAAUAAAUAAAAAAAUAUUACAAAUGUUUGUGUAUAAUGCAGCAGAAUAAUCUAUGGCUCGUUGCGGUUAUAAUACUUACAUGUAAAUAUGUUUU